GACACCACUUCCUAGCUUCCCUUCCCCUCGGCUGCCCUCAAAACCCCCUCAAAAUCCUCCGAACCCCGCCGCCGACGAGCGAGCUAUGGCGCUGGCGCGGCGGCUGCUCCGCCUUACUCCCUACCUCGGCACGCUCUCGCUCCCACCCCCCAACUCGCAUCUCCUCCGGAAUCGCACCUAUAUCUCUGACAUGCGCCGCUCUGCCUUCGUCGACCGCUUGCUCCGUUCCGUACGCUCCGAGAUCUCCUUCCUCGAUAACUCCGCCCCGCCACCGCCACCACCGCCUCCUAAGCCAUUCACCAUUGAGGACCGCCCGGGCGAGCAGUGGGCCCGCCUGCGCCGCGUGUUCCCUGCGGCCGAGGGGGAGGAAGAGGAGGUCAGGGUGGACGCCACGUUGGUCGACGGCGCGCUCCCUCCCUCCCGCUCGGGCGCGGACACGGGCGGCCCGCCCAGAAUGCAUAUCAGUGUUAAGGUUGAGGUCUCCAAGGCCGCGCGGCCUGGAGUGGCGCUCACCUUCGAGUGCUCCGCGUGGCCUGACGAGAUGGAGGUGCGGAGGGUCUUUCCCGUCCGCCGCGGCGGGCCUGCCCCAGUGCAGCAGUACGUCGGCCGCCAAUUCAGGCUUCCAAAGUCCACUGCUCCCCUCCAGACUUCCAAUCCAGCACGUGGGAAUCCAAUCUCGAGUUCCAGGCUUCCAGCACGCGCGAAUCCAGUUCACCGACGGACUCCAGACUUCAUCCUUCAAUCUCCAGCACGCGCGAAUCCAGUUUUUUUCGUCGGCAUGAGUUCAUCUUCUGGAGAGUUUGGUCGUCGCCGUCAGGAUAAUGUUGAGGUGAUCUUCCCAGAAUCACAAGUUGUGGGCAGCGGCAAUCCAUCUUCUGUUGCGGAUAACACAGUUCUUGCUUCGGCAUCAUCAGCCUCAGCCGCUGCAGAUUCUGCAGCUCUCGUUGAUAAGGCUAUUGCAAAGUUGCCUGCUGAUGUUCGUGCACACGCAACUGGUAUCUGGGACUUGUAGUAUUAAUAACUAUGAGUUGGAUGAGGAAAUGCAAAGUGCCGUACAAGACUACCUGGAGAAAAUUGGAGUGAAUGAUGACCUUGCUGCAUUUUUGCACGCCUACAUGGAAAACAAGGAGCACACUGAACUGAUCAGAUGGCUGAAAAACGUUGAGUGCCAUAUCAAGAAGUGAACAUUCUAGUCGGGUUAAUACUUUGUCCUACAGCACUUGCAGAUGCAGCUUUUGAUCGCAAUCUUGGAACUUUACUAGGCCCCAUUUAAAUCCUUAGAAUUGAUUAAGCUCAUAUUGUUGUAUGAGAAAUAUCACGCCUACAUGGAAAACAGGGAUCAUACUGAACUUAUCAGAUGACUGAAAAACGUAGUGCCAUAUCAAAAAAAAUUGCAUUCUAGUUGUGUUAAUACUUUGUCAACUUAAGGGACGACGUAAUUUUUUUUAAGUUAAGUUACUGUAGGGAGGGCCUACAAUAUUUUUAUUAUUUCUUGGUCAAAUAUGAAUAGCUUACAGUAAACUUACAAUAUUUUUAUUAUUUCUUGGUCAAAUAUGAAUAGCUUACAGUAAAGUAAAAGGUGAUUACGAUACAAAGCACUGAAUCCAAUUGCUAAUUUUAUCACCUAUCUCUGGCUUAAUUUGGUGGCACACGAGAGUCAUUUCUUUUUUAAACAUUUCUUGACAUGCAUCCACCGUGGGUGGGGUCUCGUUGAAAAUCCAAUUAUUCCUGCUUUUUCAAAUGCACCAGGUCAUAAUGAUGAUAGUUUCCAUUCUCCAUGGUACUUGCCAUCUCAUUCUAAUUCUCAGGAAGGUAUUGAUUAGAUCCGUUGUUCUUGGCGAUGUGAUGCCUAUUAGGAGCUAACAUCUUCUAGCAAAGUUGCAUCUGAAAAAAAGAUGAAGAGCCAUCUCUUCGAGCUGGAGGAUACAGUUGUCGCAAGUGUAGGAGUCUAGUGGCAUAGAUCGCUGUCUGAGGAAUGAACGAGUAUUUAAUCUAUCUUUAAGCAGUAACUAGAAAAGACCUUGUGUUUAGGCUGACAUUUUGUUUUCCACAACCAGGAGAAGAUGAGGUGGGUCCACUGGUUGCCAGACAUGUGGGUCCACUGGUUGCCAGACAUGUGAGUAUAGGCCUUCUGUGAGGAAAACAAGCUAGAGGAACCAUUGCAGAGCCAUUUGCCUCUCUGAUCAUGUUGCGGAAGAUUUGCCAAUAAGUCUUGUAAAGCAUGAAACUGCUCAAAAGCUUCAACAGACAGAGGAGUGUGGAACAUCUCAUGCGAGGUUGCCGUUCUUGCUUGGUGAAUAGUGAUGUCUUUGAUGGAAGCGAAAGACCAAAGUUCUGGGAAUCUUGCAGACUUGCACAUGCCAUCCCAGUUGUCAUGACACAGAAGUGUUGUUUUUCUA